AUGCCUCGCACAACGCUCGGAAAGAGGACUCGCAGCAGUGCGUAUCCUAUCCUUUUGGAAACCCCUACCAAGCCAUCUCGUCACUACGACGCAUACAACGGCCAUGGACAUGACGAAGAGAACCGGGAUCCUCAGGACGCCCCUGAAGCUCACGAUGCCGUCACCAUCGAGGUCGAGGCGGUGCAGGAUGCUCCUCGAAAGAGGCAGCGCUCCGAGUCACAGACAUCCGCUAAAAAAACCCCCGUCACGCCUUCCACGCCCAGGCACCGAGAUGCUUUGAGUAGCUACCCAACUACGCCUCGGCAUGCAGUCAUGUCGGCCGGAAGACUCUUCAAGCGCCUAACUCCCAGCUCUCCGUUGUCACCGUCGACAAUCCAAACUGUCUAUCAUUCCGCUCGACAACUCUUUGCCCGUGGCGCAGAGCCUGGUCAGCUCAUAGGCAGGGAGUCGGAGCGGGAGCAGCUCUCCAACUUCUUGAGCCGCUGCACAUCAUCAGUUCCCCAUGGUUGUCUGUACAUCAGUGGGGCGCCGGGCACGGGAAAGAGCGCCAUGGUCAGCGAAAUGACCCGAGAUUACGCUCAACGUCACCGCGUGCAGACUGCCUACAUCAACUGCAUGAGCGUAAAGUCGUCCAAAGACUUGUACACUACCCUGCUCACCGAGCUUGGCUUGAACGGCGGCCUCCCGGAAAGCGAGGCAAUUUCGGCACUUCAGCAGGCGUUUUGCCCAAAGACGGAAUCGCCAGCGGUUUAUCUAAUCACUCUGGACGAGAUUGACCAUGUUCUGACCAUGGGCCUUGAAAGCCUGUAUCGAGUUUUUGAGUGGUCACUGCAAAAGUCAUCUCGACUUGUCUUGAUUGGCAUUGCCAAUGCUCUGGAUUUGACUGAUCGGUUUCUUCCGCGGCUCAAAUCAAUGAACAUGAAGCCGGACCUGCUGCCAUUCCUGCCGUACACAGCACCUCAAGUCAAAAAUAUCAUCACGUCGAGGCUCACAUCUCUUAUGCCAGACAACAGCAAAGAAGGCUAUGUCCCUUUUAUUCAUCCUGCAGCCAUUGAGCUAUGUUCUCGGAAAGUCUCUAGUCAGACAGGAGACCUUCGAAAGGCUUUCGAGAUAUGUCGCCGCGCGCUGGACCUGAUUGAGUCCGAAACCAGAUCGAAACACGAAGAGGAGGCGAGAGAAAAGCUUGUACAAAUGACACCCUCAAAGAGGCCGUUGGGCGAGAACGUGAAUGGAGCUUUGGGCUCUGGAUCAUCGAGAAGCCUGUUGCAACUCAUGACCGCUUCUCUCAAAAGCUUGACCGCAGAGACGGCACCUCGAGCAUCCAUCGGCCAUCUCAAUAAGAUCACCGCUGCCGCUUUCAGCAACGGCACGACCCAGCGGCUCAAAACCCUGAAUUUGCAACAAAAAGUGGCACUGUGUGCCCUGAUGGCCUACGAGAAGAGAAGCAGAGCAGCGAUCAAGUCCCUGAAGGCGCCGACCACCCCAUCAAAGUCCCAUUCCCUGGCCCCAACCAUCAAAACGCUCUUCGAUACGUACUGUCAGCUAUGCACGCGAGAUUCUUUGUUACACCCACUCUCGAGCUCCGAAUUCCGCGAGGUGGUUGGCAGUUUGGAGACGCUAGGACUUGUUGGUGCAGUGGAAGGAAAGACGGGCGGCCUGACAAUGGCUCAGACGCCCAGCAAACGCGGCCGAAGGGCCACCAUCGGCACUGGAGACGACAGGCGAAUCGCCAGCUGCGCGGGCGAGAAGGAGAUUGAGUCGGUGGCGGACGGGCCAGGUGCUGGAAUCUUGAGGAGUAUCCUGUCUGGGGAAGCCAUGGAUUAA